AUGCCAAAAGGAAAAGAACGAUAGCAGUUUAUGUUAUAGCAGGUUCAGCUAUUCUGUUAUCAAGUAUUUAUCAGUUUGCACGGUCACCAGAAAUUCCAAAAACCAAGCGUGUAUAAAUAUGAUUUGAUACAAUUAAAGAUGGAAGCAGUAAAAAAAGCCAAAGAGCGAUUUAGAAAGUAUCCAGUUAUCAUUGCACAGUGCCAUGAAUCUGGAGCUAAAUAUGCUGCAUGUGUAUUAGCCAAGUCUGAUUUGCAAAAAGGUGAUUGUGAAAGUGAGUUUAAGGAAUUCAAGGCAUGUUUAAUGAAAGCUGCUGCGAAGAACAAUACAAAGUUAUAAAGAAAUAGAAUUUCUUUUAAUGUGAAAAA